AUGUUGAGUACCGCUAUCCUAGUCAUCGGCGGCGCGUCUGCUGUUGGUGCAGGCCACAUCUCUGGUAUUCAACGCCCAUCCCCCGAUACCCACCCCAACGGCGGGAAACUGGUAGGUUUGGGUUCCGAUUCUAUGAAACGGACAAAUACCGUACGCAGUAUGACGAACCUCACUCCUUUCAUGCAUUCACCGACUAUUGGGAGCAGCUCCCUUCCGAAAUACACCUCUACACUCAGGCCUUGA